UUGACAUUGACGUUUUAAUGCCGUCAACUGCAUGUCAACUUGAAUUUAUUGUAAAUUGAUGUGAAUUGUGAUCCGCAUUCCAGAUAAAGUUGAGUCUAAACAUUAUAAAUUAAAACUAUUAUUAAUUCGAACAAAAACAAUAGCAAUGGAUGCAGUGAAAUUCGAAAAGAUAUGUCGGACAUGUCUCUCUGAAUCGACGGAUAUGAGGUCGCUAAAUUCUAAUAUAAAUAACGACAAUCGUAAACUACAAGACGUUUUAGAAUUUGUUAUGGAUAGAAACAUUAUUAAUGAUGAGAGACUACCGAAGUUUAUCUGCUUCGAGUGCGAAACUGUAAUGAUUAAGGCUGAAUCCUUCAAACGUCGUUGCUUAGAAUCUGAGUCGGCUUUGAAAAAUUGCAUCGGGGCAACAGAAAGAAAGUUAAGUUUUAUAGAAAUUGAUCAAAACACGAUACUAAAGAACGAAAGCAACUACGAAUGUAUCACGGAAGCUUUGAAACAUUCCGAAACAGACACAGCUUUUUGUGUUAAGAAUUUAAAUGACAUCACAAUAAAGAAAUGUUCAUUUGAAAACUUCGAUAUAUUAUCGGAUGAUGUUAAUGACGCUGAUUCAAUAAAAGAAGAAUUGGACGAUUGCAACGUCCCCGACGACGACACCCAAAGCCUAAAUUUAAAACAAACAGUCAAAUACAAAGAUAAAAACAGAUCAGACUUAAAAACGUGCAAUGGUAACAAGUUAAAGAAAGUUAAAAAGAAAACGAACCCCCGGUUAAUACCAAUAACGAACCAAAUAGAAUGUCAAAAAUGCGAUCAGAAAUUCGCUAAUGUAUCAGCUUGGAGCUCACACCAGCAAAUGCACAAGGAAAAAAUGAAAGAAACAUUUCAAUGCAACGUAUGCCCAAAAAAGUUUAAAAAACAAACCUCAUUGCAUACUCAUCUAAACAGACAUGAUCGAGACUCAUCAAAGUACAUAUGCGAUGUUUGUAAAAGGGAAUUCAAGUACAAAGGGUACUUAGAAAGUCAUAUAAUAUCGAUGCACACUCGUAACGGUUUCACAUGCGAAUUCUGUAUGCAAUCAUUCGAUAGUAAAGACACAUUCGAGAUACAUCGGAAUGCUCAUAUAAUAGAGAAAAAACAUCAGUGCCUUAUCUGUCAUAAAAGUUUCUAUAUGGCUUCGACAUUGCGAGACCAUUUGAGGGUGCACACAGGGGAAAGACCGUUUUUAUGUGCGAUAUGUGGGAAGGGUUUCACGCAGAAGAAUAACUUGGCUCAGCACGUGAGAAGACAUCAGGGUAACAAGCCCCACCAGUGCGAAAAUUGCGAGAAAAGUUUCGUUUCCAAAGGGGAGUUAGAAGCUCACAGUCGGAAGCACAGCGGCGCUCAUCCGUUCGUGUGUGACGACUGCGGGCGUGGCUUCACUACCUCCAGUUCACUCGUCAAACAUAGAAGGAUCCACACUGGCGAGCGACCAUACGCUUGUGAUCUCUGUCCACUUCGUUUCGCGGUUUCCGGCACCUUGAAGAACCACCGUCGGCGGCACACCGGUGAGAGGCCCUACCACUGCUCGUAUUGCGAGAAGGCUUUUGUGCAGCGCAACGACCUGAUAUCGCACAUCCGCUGCCACACCGGCGAGCGUCCGUACGUGUGCGCGCAGUGCGGACAGAGCUUCCGCAAGCCGUCCGGCCUGCGCGCGCACGCCCGGGUGCACGCCGCACACGCGCCGGCGCCCUGACCGACGCGCGCAGACUGUCCGUCAGGUACACGACUGAAUUAACGUAACGAACAAAAGUGAAACGGGUUUUUGUACGAAUCUCGACCCCCCACUCGACGCUAGGCCCGGAGUUAUGAAUCGUUGUGAUUUCAAACUCGAUGAAACGAAAUGAAACGAAACGAAAAAAUUAGUCCAUAGAGACACCAACACAUAGGAUUCAGCCGGCGAGAGAAUGAGAUAGAACACAUUAGACGUGAAGUUAAAAUAUCAAUACACAGAGGGCGCUACCUCAUACUAUAAAAGAUGAUUUACAUAUUUUUAAAAUUGAAGUGGCAAUCUUAAUUUUUAAAUAUCAUAGUAUCCACCCACGUCGCAACGUGCGUCUGAAACAAUCCAAAAAAAUGCAUAGGUUGAACUGUAAAUUAUUCUUGGAUUACUUGAUAUUGCUAUAGACAAAAAAUACUCUUUGGACCCCGAGAUGGAGGAAAUUGCUGGACCGUGAAAGUUUCCUUGGGAAAACCUAGUUGGGAGGAGUGGGGGGUAGGGGAGAGAAGGGGGGGAGAUAGGUUCAGAAACAAAACUGGAGUCGCUUGGUCCAUUGUUACAGUUCGAGAGAUGUGUUUUGUAAUGCUUAAGGUAAACCCAAUGUGAUUUGUUUACAUGGCUCUAGCAAUUGAUCUAUUUGUAAAUUGAAUGGUAUUUACUUUUGAUUGUAAGAAUAAUUUGAUAUAAAGCAAAAAAAUAUAUAUAUUUAAAUUAAUUGAAA